AUGCUCGAUCAUGACGGCGCAUCUGAGAAGGUACAGCUGGGCGAAGAUACCGCGGCUAGACACAUCGACCAAUAUGGAUCACCCUCAAACAUUGCGACCUCAACAAAGAGUCUGAGGGAUCUCUCACCUUCAACUUUUAAUAAGAGUCUUUGGAACACCGAGAAGAAAGCUAAACAUCGUAUGUGUGGAAGUUGGUUCCGCACAGCGGCCUUUGAGGAUUUUCAAUACGAUAUUUCACUAGACCAUACCGAGGAUGAGUUCAUGGCCUUGUACGGGUCAAGUUGUUAUCAGCCUCCAGAGACAUGGCUUCCGAAACCAAAACUCUGGCUUCCUGAGCAUAGUGCUACUAGCAACUACCUAGAAGCCCCAGAUUUUGAAGAGCCUCUGUCAAUAUCGCACGAUGGAGCCCAAGUAGAUGAAAAAGGUCGCGUGAAGUUCAAUAUCGAGCUUGCUCCCUUUCAUCAUGAUCUUUUGUCCUAUCGUCAUCUUCAUCUUAUACUAUAG